GGUCCGAGGUACCAAGACUCGGACUGCUACAGUAACUCCUCUAUGACCGAAGUGCAGAAUAAACCCAAAGCUUCCCGCUCAAAUAGAUGCAUGGCAAUGACAAUAAGCAUGCCCGCACCUGAUUCCUUAUGAUGAGUCUCACAGCAAGUAUGGUGGACGCUUGUGCAUCUGGAUACCUCUCAAAUUCCCGGUCCCGGAAUAAUCGUCUGGAUGAACACGUCAGGCUCCGAUUAUCUUGCUUGGCAUGCCACGUGGUCCGAGCUGGUAAUUCAUCUCUGCCUCAUGGCCAAGGUCAACCCCCCAACAGCCUCCCAUCCCUGAUCCCACCUCAAAUUCCACCUCAGCUUCCACCUCACCUUCCACCUCACAUCCCAGUUAUGUUCCCUCCUGUUGAUCAUGCAGAAGGAGGAGAUGAAAAUCAACCUCAUAUUUCAGCUCACAACUCAACUUCCACUGCCAACCAAGAUGUGGUGACAGCUCAGCUUGCUGCCAUGCAGCAACAGUUUGGUAUUUUUCAGCUGAUACUGGCUCAACUUCUAGCUAGAAAUAACCCUGGUGAUCCCCUCAUUAAUUUACUGAAUCCUGCUCAACAACCCCCAGCUCCACCACAAAACCCCCAACCGGUUCAACCUGCUCCCGCUGUUAGUGAAUCCCAAGAUCAAUCCCACAUAGCACCCGCUCAACAACCCAUCCCUGAUGAUGUUACCCGUCGCCUUGAUAGCCUAGAAAAGCUGGUAGCUGAACACCGAGGUGCCCCACCCCCGCACCAUGAUGCUAAUUCCAUACCUCACCCCUUGAAUACCAACAUCACGCUGGAACCCUAUCCUACUGGCUUCAAAAUACCGCAACUGGAGACUUAUGACGGGACGAAGGAUCCCGAUGAUCACCUGCAUGCUUUUUACUCCUGCAUGCAAGCUCAGAACGCCUCUGACGCGUUGAUGUGCAAGAUCUUCCCCUCUACUCUCCGAGGUAAUGCCCGAACCUGUAGAAGGCUGAUUAGGAAAACUACUUCUGAGUUGCUGAGAGUUAAACAGAGGGAUGGAGAAUCUUUGAAGAACUAUAUGAGCAGGUUUAAUGAUGCAGUUUUGGAGGUUAGUUCUUUUGAUCAAGCUGUGGGAAUAGCCGCUGUGAUCGCUGGUCUCAAGCAUGACAGGUUUAGAGACAGUUUGAUCAAACAUGCUGCUAUCACCUUUAGCGAGGUGAAUGAUCGAUCUCUCAAGUUUAUAACCGCUGAGGAGUAUGCCCUGGCACAAAACCCCACCCCGUCUAAGAACCAGAACCCAGAAUGGAGAGACGACAAUCCGAGCCGGAAAAGGAUGAGGAUGGCACAGAACCGAGAUCCGAUGUUGACCUCUCCACCGAGAUUCGGAAGGCCGAACUCAACACCCCAGCCACAGUCUGCAGGUAAACCUCCAGUUAAUUGGACUCCCUUUAAUCUGCCGAGGUCACAAAUUUUUAUGCAGAUAAAGAACAAAAUGGACUUGAGACGUCCUGACCCAAUGCGAACUGCUGCUGCUAGUCGUGACCACACCAGAUAUUGUGAUUUUCACCAGGACCAUGGCCAUACUACAGAGCAGUGCAACAGCUUGAAGUUUGAACUGGAAAGUUUAGCACAGAAGGGAAUGCUAAAUGAGUAUGUGCAGAGAGCUGAACAGCCGCGAUUUGUCAGAGAGCAGAGGCCGCAGCCUCAAGGAGCCUGCAAUCCCCCAAAUAGGCAAGAGAGGUUAAGCAUCAAAACCGAGCUCAGAAGCGGAAGCUUGACGUUGCUGAAUGGAAGAAUCAACCCAUUACUUUCACCUCCGCUGACCUCGACACAGUUGUUACACCCCACAAUGACCCCCUGGUCACUUCUGUCAUGAUCAAUAACUGUGAAGUACAACG